ACCUCUGGCAUUUCCAUCCACCUGUUUCAUGCUCUUUUAGGUGUCCUGCACUCUGUGACUGCCCAGCCCUGUGCUGCAGCCCUGUUAAGCCCAGUUAGCCCCAGUAAGGAUCAGCAUGGGUCUGUAUGAUCUGCUGGAUGCCCACCAGACCUUGAUGCUCUUGUGGAACCCAGAACUCRAGUGGAUGAUUCUUUCCUGGUGUCUUCUCUGCCUCUUUCAAAAUGGCUGGCAGCCACACCUUGAGAGGUGGUGACUCUCAAGGAAUUUUGCCCUUGCUUGUCCUGAAGGACAAGUAGGUCCUGAGCAGGAUGGAGCAGCUGGAGCAGCCAGCAACAGAUGACGAGAGCACAGCCACUCCCCCACCAUCUCCACCUCAGGCCAACUCCACGGAUGGAUCUCAGGCCAACUCCAUGGAUGGACCUCAGGCCAACUCCACGGAUGGACCUCAGGCCAGCCCCACGGAUGGCCCAGUCUACACACGCCGCUGCCUCAUUGAGGAUCCCACUUGGUCCCUGGUCACUGUCCCCCACCUCACUGAGCUCUGCCUCCAGCACAUUGUUCACAAUUUUGAAAACAACCCUAUUUUGAACUAUCUUCUGCCUGAGCACCAGAGGAAGGUGGUGGACAGGCUCCCCACCAGCCUCCCACUCASCGUGACUGCCAACAUAGUGAGCCAUGAGGACUACUGGAAGAGGCGCUGUCUUGAGCGCUGGCAAGUGUGUGAAGUCUCCAACUAUGGAGACAGCUGGAAACGGAUGUACUUUGAACGUCACCUGGAGAAUAUUCUGAAGUUUCUCAUCCCUAACACCACAGAUCCCAAAGAGGUCCUAGACCUCAUCCCGCUCUGCAAAGAMUACGUGCGGAAACUGGAGAUUGACCAGUUCCUGCCACCUGUGCGGCCAGAUCCAAAGGACGAGAGCAAUGACCUCUCUGAUACAGAGGAUAAUGCUGAACAAUUAAAUGAGGCCUACACACAUCACUACGACCUGAAAGAUCUCGUUGCUGCUCUCCCUCACCUUGAAGAGCUUCAUCUCACUUAUACUGUAAAGGGCUGUGGMAUGAACUUUGAAUGGAGCCUCUUCAACUUCACUGAGCAGGACUGCUCCAACUUGGCUGCKGCUCUGAAGAUGUGCCACAACUUGAAAGUUUUCAAGCUGACACAAAGCCAAGUGGAUGAUGAGAAGACCAAGCUGCUGGUCCGUAGCUUGUUGGAUCACCCCUACUUGKUGGAGGUGGACUUGUCCCACAAUCUCAUCAAGGACCAUGGGGCACAAGCUCUUGGAAAGCUGAUCAGCCGCAGCAGAUUGGAAAUCCUCAAUUUGUGUAACAACCAGAUCCAUCACCUGGGGGCUCAGGCUCUYGCUCAUGGCCUGGCUGAGAGCUCCACCCUGACCUCCCUGAACCUGCGCCUCAACUGUGUGGAGGACAAAGGUGGGGAGGCCAUCGGCCGUGCCCUCCUGACCAACAGCAGCCUGAAGUCGCUCCAUCUGGGAAGCAAUAACCUGUCAGAGCCAACUGCUGMAGUGUUCUCCCAGGUCCUGGCUCAGAACACCACCCUGACAAGCAUAAACUUCUCAUGUAACCGCCUAGGGCUGGAUGCUGGGAAGAAGCUGCUUGAAGGGCUGAAAAACAACAAGACUUUGACUGAGUUUGAUCUCCGCCAGUCAGAGGUGGAACAGGAGCCUGAUUUCCUCAUCCACCAAAUUGUGUGGGCCAAUCGGGAAGCGGUGAGGCUGGCAUCUCUGCAGCACCCCACCGCUGAACCCCUCUGAAUAAAAUGCUCCCGGGAGAAAUGUGCUUUGGGUGUGCAGUCUCAAAAAUAUUUUACAUGAGGGUCUUGGUUUAUUCAUUUUUCUGGGAAACAUUUAACUCUGGCAGCCUUUCCCAGACCCUCAUCACCCAACCUGUGACUUCAUUGGACACAGACAUUAGAGCUCAAGGCAAUCUGCCUCUAAAGCUCUCUCUCUCACUACACCCUAAAUCUCACCUCCUGUGAUGCUUCUUACAUGCUCCAGGAGCAAGCUUAGUUCAAGUGAAUACUGUUUCACCUGUAAAGCAGCUGAGAUAAGUCUCUGCCACCUAAAUGGUCUGGUUUCAGACCUAACUUUGAUGUUUUUUGCUGAGGAGGAUGUGAGAGGCAUAGAGGAUUGAGGGAAUGUUGUUUCUAGCUCCUCAGCAGCUUUUCCUGACUAUUGCUCUGCUCAAUAAUUUAUUUGUAUGCAUAGCAAAAUCUGUCUGGAGUCUGAYAGAGGUGGUGAAAAGUAAAUAGAAAUAAAUUCAAUAA